CGCGGGGCGGGCCUGCCCGGCUGCAAGAUGGCGGCGAAGGGCUCGCACGCCCAGCUGAAGCGGGACGGGGAGAUCGAGCGGUGCCGCGCCGAGUGCCACUGGGGCCGGCUGCCGGCGUUGGCAGAGCCGCUGCGCAGCUGGGCCGGCUCCCCGCGCAAGGGCGGCGGCGGCGGCGGAGCGCCGGACGCCGAGGACUAUGGGAAUCUACUACUUGCAGAAGCCUUGCUGGAGCAGUGUUUAAAGGAAAACCUUGCCAAAGUGAAGGACUCCAUUCCAUUAAUGGAAAAGAGCGAGCCAGAAAUGAGUGAAGCCAAAAAAUAUCUGACCAGUAUUCUAAACAGGGGAAAAUUACGACCUAAAUAUAUGACGGAAGCCAUGCUGAUUCUAGGGAAGCUCCAUUAUGUGGAAGGAUCUUACAGAGAUGCAGUCAGCAUGUAUGCUAGAGCAGGACUUGAUGACAUGUCCAUAGAAAAUGAACCCUUGUACCUGCUGCGUCUGGUGACAGAAGCAUUUGUCAUCAAAGGUCUGUCGCUAGAGCGUACACCCAAUUCCAUUGCCUCCCAGGCUCGCCUGUGUGAAAGAGAAGAGGAAGUCAUCUCUUGUUUUGAGACAGCGUGCAUUAUUGCACAAGUGUAUUUGCAGGAACUUGAGAAGGCCUUGAACAACACACAUUCAAGAAGUAUAAAAGGCAGCAGCAUGACUUUCUCUGACUUUGAACUCCCUUAUUUCCUGGAAGCAGCUCUACAGAGUGCAUACGUGGCUCACUUAAAGAAAGGAAAUAUCGUGAAAGGAAUGAGGGAUCUGCGAGAAGUCUUACGGACUGUGGAAACGAAAGCUACUCAGAGCUUCAGAAUGACUGCAGCCAAACAGUUAGCUGAAGUACUUCUCCACUCGUUGAGUGAAGACUGCUACUGGAACCCCUUGUCUGAGCCUCUGCCAGAGUUCAUGAACAAGGAAGAUGACUCUUACGUUAGCAAUCUUCUAUGUCGGAGACCUCAGCUCUAUACAGGAGACAACCUGUACUGCCCUCAAGACAACAUAGAAGAGGCUCUUCUUCUCCUCUUAAUCAGUGAAUCUAUGGCGAACCGAGAUGCGGUAAUUAGCCGUGCUCCUGACCAGAAGGAUGAUCGAGCUGUCAGCCUCCAGGAUGCUUCUGCAGUUUAUGACCUUCUGAGUAUCACGCUGGGCAGAAGAGGGCAGUAUGUCAUGCUUUCUGAGUGCUUGGAGCGAGCAAUGAAGUUUGCAUUUGAUGAAUUUCACCUCUGGUACCAACUGGCUCUUUCCAUGGUAGCUUGUGGCAAGUCGGCACAUGCUGUGUCAGUGCUCAAAGAGUGUGCAAAGCUGCAUCCUGCAGAUCCCACUGUUCCUCUCCUGGCUGCCAAGGUCUGCAUUGGGCCACUGCACUGGCUGGAGGAAGGAGAGCAUUUCGCCAAGACAGUGAUAGACCUAGGUGAGGAUACUGGAGAGUUCCUCGCGAAGGGUUAUCUGGCUCUGGGGCUGACAUACAGUCUUCAAGCUACUGAUGCUACCCUGAAGUGCAAUCAAGAUGAAUUACACAAGAAAGCACUUCAGACUUUGGAGAGAGCACAUCACCUGGCCCCUGAAGACCACCAAAUCAUCCUUUACGUCUCAUUGCAGCUGGCUCUCGUCAGACAGAUUUCUGAUGCAAUAGAGCACCUCCAAGAAGCACUGAAACUGUGCAAAGAUGAUAUAAAUUUGCUUCAUCUGUUGGCCCUCCUUUUUUCAGCCCAAAAGCAGUAUCAUCAUGCACUGGAUAUCAUCAACAUGGCUCUCACUGAGUACCCAGAGAGCUUUAGCUUACUCUUCACCAAAGUAAAGCUGCAGUUCGCAUAUAAAGGACCUGAAGAGGCUCUGGUGACUUGUAGACACAUGCUGCACACAUGGCAGAUGGUAUAUAAUGUUUCACAACACAGUGGUUCUGAGAAGGAGAGCAGUGUGACAGAAGUGCCAGUGAGCAAAAAACAUAAUGGGAUACAUCUCACUCUCCCUGAUGCUCAUGAUACUGACUCUGGCUCCCAGCGAGCCUCUUCUAUUGCAGCUUCCAGACUGGAGCAGGCCAUGUCUGAAGUAACUAUGCAGAGUACUGCCAUGAAGCAAGGACCUAUGCAACUAUGGACAACUCUUGAGCAAAUUUGGCUACAAGCUGCUGAGCUUUUCAUGGAACAACAGCAUCUCAAGGAAGCAAGCUUUUGUAUCCAGGAGGCAGCAAGUCUUUUCCCUACAUCUCACACUGUGCUGUACAUGCGUGGGAGGCUUGCAGAGAUGAAAGGCAGCUUGGAGGAGGCUAAGCAAUUGUACGAUGAGGCACUCACAGUGAAUCCAGCUGGAGUGGAAAUUAUGCACAGCCUGGGCCCAGUACUGAGCAGGCUUGGAAGGAAUAACCUGGCUCAAAAGAUUUUGAAAGAUGCCGUCCAGAUAGAGAACACCAGUCACAAAGCCUGGAACCGCCUGGGGGAAGUAUUGCAAGCUCAAGGAAACAAUGAAGCCGCUGUUGAAUGCUUCCUAACAGCCCUCGACCUGGAAUCCAGCAGUCCUGUUGUCCCAUUCACUGUUAUACCCAGGGAACUGUGAAGAUCUUCCCUCCAACCUCACAGUCAUUCAGUAAGCAGAUAUGAAGAAACACAUGCAGAAGAAACUGUUGGCUAGACACAGAAGUGCAGUUGUAAUUUGGAGAGGGGCAAAAAAAAAAAUUCCUAGAACAAGUCUCACAAGUAUGUACUCAGCUGAAAAAAAGAAGUUGAAACACAAGUAGCAAGGAAGAAAGAAAACAAUGCCAUUUUCAUAGGUGCUUGAUCCCAUCCCAGCUUAAUCAGUUGAAAGACUCCUGUUGAUUUCAGCAGAGGUUGGUUUGGGCAUGAGAUGACUAACAGUAGGAUAGAAGCUGCUAGGGUGUAGCUAUGAAAAGCACUUGUAUUGGAAAGGAAUUUCUUGUAUCUUUCAACCUCAUUUGAGAAAGGCUACAUUAGAAAAGGAAUAACAGGAGCUAAAUUCAGACCUGGGGUGAGCAAGUUUAUUGAAAUUGUGAAAAUGCACCUGACUUAUUCAGGGGCCAAAUUUGGCUCCCUAUAUGUGUACAGAGUCACUGUAAUAAAAAGGGGAUAUGACCAAAAUCAAAUAGUUUUGUAAAAAAGUAUCUUAAAAGGCCUGCUAGUUCUGAUUUUCUUCCUGCUACUCCAAGCUGCAGACACAUGCUAUAUUAACAAUAGUUUUUGCCCAGACUGAUUUAAUUUGAAAGACACUUUGCUAAGGGCUGCUGUGGUCUGCUGGUGAGCCACAGGCAUAAAAAAGCCAAAGAUCGAAUCAGUUCAAAUUUGGACCAGUAUUAAAAACUUUUUUUUCUA